UGACAUAGCACUUUGCGCAAUCCAAUCAGCAUUGAAAACAGCACACCAGAGACCUAGCCCAGAUGUGAAAGAAACGCACCGCCGUUACAUCCAACUGUUCGAAUUCAAGGCAAGACACUGUUGAAAAAAAAAACACACACAUACACGAGGAAGUCUGCAUGUGUUAACGACACGAGCCAACACUACCACGCAAAUACCGAUGCCCUAAAUUUCACUGAAGCGAGAGAACGGCGCGAUCGCUAUCUACCUUAGAUAGCCGCCAUAACCACAAGUGAACUCUGUUGCUGGUGCACACACAAAAAGCAGCGCCGGGGAAAAUUAAUACCAAGCUGCAAAAUAUUACCCACGUGAUACCAUCGGCUGGGAAAAUGCAAUUAAAUCGGCAGCACGAGCCCAGUAUAUAGGCAUGUAUAAAAGAGGUACUCUUUGACCAAGGAGGCAAGAGCCACCGAUAGAUACUACCUCAUCAAGUCUACUCUUACUUCAUAUUUCCCAUGGGAUUAUUUGUGUGGCAACAUCUGCAGGAUAAAUGACAAGGAGUUGCAGCCGAUACUACUUCAGCGGGGUCUGAGUCGUAAUUCGCACAAUCCAGACGAGGAAAUAGAGAGGCGCCGAGGAGACCUGUAAGAAACGCUGCUAUCUCAAUGACAAUCCAUGAAUUACCGAUCUCCAUAUGAGAGAGAAGUGCGUAAUUUGUAACCCUCAAGUUGCUAAUUUUUCAUUGGAAGGAUUCGGAAGCCGCAAAUUUGAAAUUAGAAAAUUGGCGUAUCUCUGCGACAUAAUUGUACUCGACGCCGGUCAGUACCGGGGAGAGUUUGGACAGUUUCCGCUGCACUUUAUGAUCGAGUACCAGGCUGCUUCCUGAUACUUGGAGACCUACUUCUGGACUCGCCUUGUGUAAACGGAUAUCCAAUUUAAUAACUGUCAAACUUCGAUCAGCAUAUAGCAAGGAUCGCAUCAUGGCGACCUCAACCUCGACCCCUGGCGCCAGUCUUCCGUUGGACUUCUCACCUGUCCCGGCGGUCACCGCCCGAAGCGACUUCACCAACGCCACAAACUCAAUGCUCUGGCCAACCGAGGACUACCCCAACAGAAACGAGACCAGCCGCAUCGGCUUCACCCUCAACAUCCACUUUGUCGCAACCUUGUACGCCAUCGUCUUCGUCCUCGCCAUAGUCGGCAAUAUCCUGGUCUUGGUCACCCUGGCUCAAGACAAGCGCAUGCGCACGGUGACCAACAUGUUUCUCCUGAGUCUGUCUACCAGCGAUCUUCUCUUUGGUACAUUCUGCAUGCCUUUCACUAUAGUCGGGAACAUCCUGGGCCGAUUUGUUUUCGGUGAAGUCGUUUGUAAAGUCGUCCCUUUCAUUCAAGGGAUUUCUGUGACAGUGUCUGUCUGGACCAUGGUUGUCAUAUCUCUCGAGAGGUAUCACGCUAUCUGUCAUCCCUUAUCGUCUCGCAUUUGGCAAACGAAAGCCCAUGCGUACAAGGCUAUUGCAGGAGUAUGGUUUGUUGCCAUAUUGCUGAACCUACCAGCCGUUAUCUUCAGUAGACUGUCCCCCAUAAACGACGGUGGCACGGUGUUCAGGUGCCAUGAGGCGUGGCCCGCGGAAAUAUACCUAACAGUAUACAGGAUGUGUUUACUUGUGAUCCUGAUGGUCAUACCCCUCUUCACAAUGGCCAUAUCAUACGGCCUUAUUAUCGUGGAGCUGCGAAAGGGUAUGAAACUUGAGCAGUGCACUGCUGAUAAUGAGAAAGGAGAAAACGGCAUAGCUAUGAAGAAUCUUGGUGACGAAGCCUCCUGCAGCCUGAACGAAAAGAAGAAGAAAGCUGCCGCCUCGACGGCCGUACGAAGCACCUCAACCAGCGGUGCCAAGAAGCGAGUCGUCAAGAUGUUGAUUGUCAUCGUGCUACUGUUCUUCAUCUGCUGGACGCCAGCCUGGGUGGCUAACACCUGGAUCACGCUCGACGUGAGGAGCGCUCAGAUCCACUUCGGGCGGGCUGAGGUCACUAUCUUCAAGCUCAUGACCUACAUCUCGGCCUGCAUUAAUCCCAUCGUCUACUGCUUCAUGAACAAGAGGUUCCGACAGGGCUUCCUGAAUGCCUUCUCCUGCGGGAGGGCCCGGGCUUCGGACCGGGCUACGGCCAGUGAGAACGUCAGCCGGUUCCAGUCCACGCGGCGUACCAAUAUGACGCGACCAAGCCCGACAAACUACACCAAUGUUUCCUCCGAUUCCUCGGUGUAACUCACCCUUUGAGGACCAGCGAAGUUUCGCAUAGUCUAAAUAUAGGUCAUUGUACCAUACUGGCUGUGAUUAUUGAUACAUUUUCACAAGAAAGUAGUCAAUGUACACCAGUUUACAAAGAUACAGAUGUAAAUGAAAAUGCAGGAAUGAAUCAUCCAAUGACCAUUCUUGCCCCAUGAUUGGGGAAGGAUCUCUGUCUAUUACUGUUCCUUCAGUUCAAAAUGUUUUGUAUUACGUGCAGUACACUAGACUGCUGGGUGACAACUAGCGCUUAACUUCUGUGCUCAGAGAUGUACAUUACUGGCAACCAAAAAAAGCAUGCGGACCUUGAUGUCAGUUUAAAUUAAGCUCUAUAGGCAGAGGUGGAGAACUUUGUAAUUGGGACCUAAUAUUCAUACAAAAGGGCAGACACCAGAACUUUUCAAGCUGGCUUGACGUUUUGAGUGCGUAACUUGAUAAAGCUUGGGCGGUACCUUUGCGUUAUGCAGCAUUACUCCCCACAGAACGAAAUCUAUUGUGAAAGACGAAUGCCGCAAAAUUCAGAGUCUUGAGAAUGGAUAUCAAAUUGUGUGAAGAGAUAGGGAGAACAGUUUGUCAAUUCAGGUGAAUUAAGCACAUUUUGUUAACCAUUUUUGUUUUUUUAAUUUUUUUAUAUAAAUUCCAGAUGAGGUGAAAUAUGAGGAUGAGUGAAGAUUGAGUGUGGUCUUGUCUCGAGACUGCUUCAUCGUAAUGACUCGUAAGUUUGAUGUACUUGAUGCGAGGUAUGAGGUGUCAGGAGACUGUGUGCAAAAGUAUCCCAGAUGGUGAAAAAGGAAAUGAAAAGCAAUUGAGUGGGUGGAAUGAAUGGAGAUGGGGAAAAGGACGGAGUAAAAACACGAGUGGAAAGAAGAAUGGGUGUGGAAAUGUAUGGAUCCACUGGGGAACAGAGAGAGAGAGAGAGCUUUAUGAGAAGACAUAUGGAGCGAAAUGAAGCAUUGUGGAAGGAAGAGAAAGGUGAAGAAUCAGAUGAAACACGCAAAGGCACUGCAUUCCGAGCCUCAUCAGCACGCAUUUUAUAAUUAGUAUCGUAAUCAUAGAGCUGUAUGUUAAAUACGCACAUCAGCCUGUUGAAAUGAGUUAUUCGCCCGUUACAACCCACAUGCGAUACCACGCAAUGCACGAUUCAACAUGUUUGAAAUGGCAUGCCGCUGGCGUAUGACGUAAAUUAAGUUUUAGCAACUUGCCGCUACAUUAUGGUACUUCUCAACGAAAUCACGUUUUGUGAUAAAAGAAAAAAUGCAUUGGUUUUCUGUGUUUUUUUCUCGAGUAGGCCUAACCACUGAACCGGGGAAAAAAAUGAACGUAUAGUCUUGUUGGUGUUUUUGAUUGCUGUUCAGGUUUAAUAGGGGGAACGGAGUGGAAUUAUAAAUGGUCCCAUAAAAGGUAAAGAUUUUGUAAUGUUAAACGAUUCUGUGUGUCCACUUGCUGGUGAGAUUUGCGUUGUUUAAAAUUGAACACUUUUUGUGUGUAGUAAAGUCAUCCACGAAAUUAAACAAAAACUCAAAAUGUAAAUACCAAUUUCAAACAAAUGAUGUAUAAAGCUGUGGCUUAAGUAAUUGAGUAAAAUGUCUUACUCAACAGAGAAUAAGCACGCCUUAGAUUGGAGCAAUCUCUGUUAAACAAAAUAUGAAAUCAAACGGCCAUUGUAUAUACAAAAACAAAUACAUGUAUAAAUGUAUUUUAACAGCAUACUAUAUAAGCCAUAUGUAUAGAUGACAAAGAAUUUACGUCAGAGUAUUUAUUAAUUCCUAGUUUAAGAAUAUCAAUAAGUACAAUUAACUGUUUUAGGGUAAAGAUGUAAAAACUGUUUGGCUGUGAAUAUAUUUUUUUAAAUACAGUGUGUAAACAAAACAUGUUAAAAAUUAAGUGGAAUUCUUUGUGUAAGUUCUCAUUUUGGAGAUCAGGAGGGUAGGUUUAAUGUUGGUCAAGAAAUUCACAUUUUGUGCACACGUCUUUUUUUAUUUUAUCAUGACUAGCUGCAGAACGCAGCAAGACUGGUUGUUAGGUUGUAAAACACUUUGAAUAGCGCCCUCCCUAUCUCAGAGUUUGAAUUGCGCCCCCUCUGUUAGAAAAGUACCUAUCGGUAGCGCCCUCUCUGAUAGUUUAUUUGUCACACUCCCUAAAUGUCAAACUGUAUAAUGCAACAGCACAUAAGCGUCAAGGAUGUGGAACAAAAACUGUGAACAAAAUUAAAUUGCCGUUAUUAUAUUACCCUUGCACGUUAAAUGUAACACCUAUUAUACUUAACAGAAAACUUUUGUGAAUUGAUUUAAUGAAAAUCUAAAGGCUUUUUUAAUUUGCCAAAUUGGAAGGAAAAAAACGCCAACUAUUUUACCUCCAGGUUUUUUUGUUUUGUUUUUUGCUUUUGAGUAAUCUAUUGUUUUUACCAAGUUUGUAAAUAAGAAAAUAUUGUUUCAUUAUUUAUAUCAAAAGAUGUCUUUAGAGUGGGUUGCGUUUUCGUCAAUGGUAUUAUUAAGAAUUUUUACAAAUCAAUUUUUUUUUUAAGUUGCAGUCAAAACGUUAAUUACAAAGUGGUGAGCAGGAUUCGCCAUAUAUAAAUAGCUCUCUCUGUUGUUUUUCUAAGGUGAGGCAAAACGUUUGUUUCAAAAAUUAUGUUUGCGAAAAAAAAUUUGAAUCUCAGAAAUGAUUUUGCAUGUAAUAGGUCGAAUCCAGAACAACAGAGGGCGCUACACCUUGACUCACGUUCAAAUUAAUGUAUGAUUUUAUAAAAAAAAAAAAUUGUUGGACUUUUGGAGAGAAAAAAACGCACGCAAUUCAGCCUACAAGUUAAAAAUUGUAUUAACGUACAUAUAUAAUUAGUAUCAGCUUCCACAGCGGUAUGAACUUCCACGGCGAUAAAAUGAAUGUCACUUGCUCAUUUAUCCAUCCUAAAACGCAAAAAUUUACACAAAACUGCAUUUGUUGAGUGCAAUCUGUUAGUGGCGUUUCGUCCUAAUAUUCUAAUGAUUAUCAUUAAAAUGAUU